GCACCGUCGGAAACAAUUCACAGCUGCACCGGUCCUCCACUAAAGAUGUCCGUCACGUAACGCAAGUGUAUUCUGAAGUAUUUUUGCAAAGUGCGGCAGAGCUGUCGAUACAAGUUAUAAAAACGUGAAUUCAACUCACUCUGGGAGUAUUUUGCAGAAACAGAAGAAAAAGACUGCUUUUGUCAACACCUACACUGACCAGGAUGUCGUCCCCCUCACCCCACGAUCGCAGUCGUAAAGAGGAGGACGAGGACGACCCUGUUGAUCGAAUGAUAUCCCGUACGGGCUGCGCGGAUCUACAUUACGCCGUGCAGGAGUGCAUGGCUGAACACCAGGACUGGAGAGCGUGUCAGAGCCAGGUCCAGACUUUCAAAAACUGCAUGAUGAAUUUCCAAACUGCCCGGAAGGAACAGCUGAGGAAGCAGCAGCAGCAAGGCUCUACUGAAACUGCGCCCAGCUGAAAUCACAACACCCAACACAUGAUUCACACACACACACACAAACACACACACACAUGCUCAGGGACUGGGACUUGUUGAGGAGCUGUUUCACUGUAAAAUUUAUACAUAGUAAUAAAGAAAUAUAAACACUUGUCA